AUGGCGAGCCUCCUAUCCAUCGCGGCGUUAGUCACUGCCGUUCAGGCCUUAGCUCUCGAUAAAACCCAUCCCGAGCCAACUCAGGCGUCCAAGCCGGAUCCAACCUUCCAGUCUCCCAAGAUCACCUUACCCCCUAGUAUUCAGGAAUUGGCCAAGAGACAAAACGGACAGACCGUCCUUAUAGGACCUGACAACACAUGCGGAUACUUCGAUGGACGACCUGGCGCUGUAUACAGCUGCAACGGCGCGGAUGUAACUUGCGCCCUAGUCACCACAUCGACAUACGGCGCUGUCGCCUGUUGUGAUGGUGACGGUUGUGGUCUUCGAGCUGCAUGUAUCGAUUACAUGGAUUUCGUGUACUCGAGCGCGUGUGACAAUGGGUGUAUUCAAGAUACCUACACCGUAAAGUGUACGAGAAGUUCCGCUCCGUAUUGCGGUACCGUUACGUUCUUUAAUGGUAUCGUCGAUUAUUACUGUGAUACCCUGUCAGACUCGACGCCGCAGCAACUAUACACUACGUGGCACGGUGAAACAGAUGGCCGGACUUUCACUCCCGUUGUUAUCACACUGGACGAAUCAGUCGCAACAACCCCGUUUCCGUCUGCAACUGAGACCAGCAGCGACGAUGAUGAUAGUAAUGAUAGUCGAACGUCAAGUGCAGGCUCUGCAGGUGCGACUACACCGGCGGAUAGUGAGGACGGGGGUUCUUCAAACUCAAGCUCAAACUCAAGCUCCUCGAAGUCUUCGACAAAUGUAGGAGCUAUUGCUGGUGGUGUCGUAGGAGGAGUUGCCGGACUAGCUUUAAUCGGCCUCGGAAUCUUCUUCCUCAUCCGUCACAAUAAUAAGAAGAAGCGCGAUAUUACUGCCCAGCCUCCCGCCGCCCAAAUGCAACAAGGCGCUGGUCCCGGUAUGCCGCCAACGCAACCAGCAGCAGGCGCCGCUGGCUACCAACAACCUUACAACCCGCACUACAGCCAGCAAUACUCACCCCCGCCUCCCGGAUACCCUCAACAGCCAUACUACGCCGACCAGAACAAGCCCGGCGGAUUCGCCGCCGUCGCACCCGCCCAGCUUCCCGACCGAAACGACUCGACCAGUCCCGUCAACUCCCAGUUCACGGACAACAGGCAAAGCCUACAACCCACAAGCCCGACUUCAACCAUCAACUCCGGCUGGCAGCCCAACCAGCCCUACCCGGGCCAGCAACCCUCUCCCGUCCCCAACGUCCCGCCUACCGUACACGAGGCCGGCGGAAAUGUCGUCGGCGAACGGAAUUACAACGAUAAUCACCACGGACAACUGCACGAGUUAGGGAACUAA